AUGCCUGAGCCAGCAAAGUCCGCUCCUGCUCCGAAGAAAGGCUCCAAGAAGGCUGUGACUAAGGCGCAGAAGAAAGAUGGUAAGAAACGCAAGCGCAGCCGCAAAGAGAGCUACUCUGUCUACGUAUACAAGGUGUUAAAGCAAGUCCACCCAGAUACUGGCAUCUCAUCCAAAGCCAUGGGCAUCAUGAACUCCUUCGUAAACGACAUUUUUGAGCGCAUCGCGGGUGAGGCUUCUCGUUUGGCGCAUUACAACAAGCGUUCUACCAUCACGUCCCGGGAGAUCCAGACCGCCGUGCGGCUGCUGCUGCCUGGGGAGUUGGCCAAGCACGCUGUUUCUGAGGGCACCAAGGCCGUCACCAAGUACACCAGCUCCAAGUAA